ACUAGUUUUGGGAGUGUUCAUAGCAUCGCCAUUGUUACUCGCUCAAGCUUUCUCUCCAAUUCUCCGGCGAGAUGCUAAACACCAGUUCGAGAGCCCUCUCAAGCCUCAUCAUCUCCUCCAAACUCCACCCCAUCUUCAAACCUUCCCAUUUCCGCCCAUUCUCCACCACCUCCACCCCUUACCCUCUCUACUACGAGCUCGUCCACCACCGCCCCGUCCGCUCCCCUCCCCCUCCUCGCCACCACCCCCAUCCCUCCCCCUCGCCGGAACCCGAUCCUGACUCCCCUGACUCCGAUGCUGCGCCGCCUCUCGACCGAUCCCAGCGUAAGUACUAUCGCAAACGCAUGAAGCGCAUGUACGGUGGCUCCGACUCUGAGGAAGAUGCCCGCCGUGCCCGGGAUGAGGAGUUGGUUGAGCUGAAGCCGGAGGUGGUUGAUUUCCCGAGAUUGCAUGCCCGCGAGCAGGAGUUGUACUUCUAUGAUGCGUUUGCGUUUCCUUGGGAGAAGGAUAAGCACUACCGGAUGGUGUAUCAGCUUGAGAAGAAGUACUUUCCUGAGCAUAGUCUUGAUAAGGCGUUUGUGGAUCCAGAAGCGGAACCUGUUCGAAUGAAUGCCGAAGAGAAGAAGGGGAAAAAGAGGUCUUUGAAGAAAAAGGUGGGUGAGGAGGAGAGUGAUCAAAGGGGUUUGGUGUUCUUUGACGGGGACGGACAGGGUGAGGCUGCUAGUGCUGCUGUGUCUCCUGAUGUGGUGGAUAAGAAAGUCGAGAGCUUUUUUAAGAGUCUGAGCAAGGUACCUAGUGCUAGUGAUCGGAGACGUGCUUCUACUGUAGAGGCUGAGGGGGAGCCAUAUCUUGUGAGCAGGAAGACUGAGCUGCCUCCGAGGUGGGAUGGACCAUUUGGGACUGUUGUCCUGGUGGACAAGCCAAAAGGAUGGACUUCAUUUACUGUUUGUGGGAAGCUGCGACGUUUGGUCAAAAUUCAAAAGGUAGGGCAUGCAGGCACUCUUGACCCAAUGGCUACUGGUUUAUUGAUUGUUUGUGUUGGUAAAGCUACUAAACUGGUGGAAAGAUAUCAAGGUAUGGUGAAGGGGUACAGUGGUAUUUUCCGACUUGGAGAGGCUACCUCAACUUGGGACGCUGAUUCACCGGUCAUCCAACGUGAACCAUGGGAACACAUAAAAGAUGAAUACAUCAGAAAGACUGCUGCAUCUUUUCUUGGAGAGAUAUGGCAAGUUCCUCCCAUGUUUUCUGCCAUUAAAGUUGGAGGAGAGAAGAUGUAUGAUAAAGCUAGAAGAGGAGAAAUGGUUGAACUCUCACCAAGACGAAUAUCUAUUUUUGACUUUGCCAUUGAACGCAGCCUAGAGGAUAGACAAAAUUUGAUUUUCCGAGUCACUUGCUCGAAAGGGACAUAUAUCCGUUCCCUUUGUGCAGAUUUAGGAAAAGCUCUUGGGAGUUGUGCUCAUUUGACUGCCUUGAGGAGGGACUCAAUUGGGGAAUACUUAGCAGAUGAUGCAUGGAGUUUUCAGGAGUUGCAAGAGAAGAUAACUAAGGGAUAUUUAUAAAUUUAGAAUCACUACAUACCUAAUGUUAAUCCGGAUUCUUGACUAGCCUUUUCUACCACUGAAAAAGUAGUAUCUUGAUUCAAGGUUAUGAAGAUGAGAGAACUCUUGAUUCAAUUCAACUUAUUUUAUCUUCAGCUAAUUGAUUUUAAAAAUUACAUGCUAGGAGACCAUGAAAACAUUGCCGCAAAUAAAGCUAAGAGGUCUCGAACUUUACGACAAGCACCAGAAUCAGGGAUGCGCACGUGUGGGGAGCAAGGCUCAACGCUGACCCAUGUGCCCUCACCUUGUGUAUGACAUGAGGUUCGAUUUCUGGUCCUCUCUUAAACGAACACCUUGGUGAAAUUUUUUGUGUAUUAAAAUUAAAUU